AUGGCGAAGCCCGACGAGUUGAAGCCGGACCCGCCGUCUGAAAACCCUAAAACCGAAGCAGACGACACCGACGACGAGAAUGGCGACGGCGGAUACGAAGAAGAAGUAGAAGACACAGAAGAGGACGAGCUCGACGAGGAAGAAGAGGAUGAACCCGAACCCGAACCGCGGGUGCGAACUCCACAAUCGGCGGUGCGAAUGCAACGGGCAAAGCUGGAGGGCCUCUUCCAGCGGCUGCAGACGCAGAGCGUGCCACUUCGAGUCCACGAUGUGCUGAUUAAGGGGAACACGAAGACUAAGGAUUACCUGAUCGAAUCGGAGGCGGCGCUGCUGAAGAACUGCACUACUAUGCAGGAGAUUCUCGAGGUCUCCAGAGCUGUGAAUUUCCGGCUGCAAGCGCUCGAGGUAUUCGAUUCCGUCAAGAUCACGCUCGAUUCUGGCCCUCCGGAGCUCCCUGGGACGUCUAACGUCAUCGUGGAGGUUCAGGAGGCUAAAAGCCCCCUUUCUGGCGAAAUUGGAGCUUACACAAAGGCCGAGGCAAGAUCCUCGACUGUCGAAGGAACACUAAAGUUCAAAAACAUAUUUGGUCAUGGCGAUCUUUGGGAUGGCUCUUUUGCAUAUGGUUGGGACCAUAUAUCGGAGCUAAGUGCUGGUGUGCAUUUCCCAAGAUUCAGAGGAUCUUCAUUCCCCUUGGAUGUCCGUGCAUUCCUGCUAUCCCAAGAUUGGCUGCAGUUCUCUUCAUUCAAAGAGAGGUCAAUGGGCCUUUCUGUCGCCUUGCUCUCCUCGAGGAACCAUGACUUGGUCUACAAUCUUGGUUGGCGUACCUUGACUGAUCCAUCACAGCUGGCAUCCAGGUCAGUAAGGAGGCAGCUUGGGCACAGUUUACUGUCAUCUUUGAAAUAUACUUUCAAGGUUGACAGGAGAAAUUCAACUCUGCGCCCAGUUCGGGGAUAUGCUUUUGCUGCUACCUCCCAAAUUGCUGGCCUUUCACCGGAUAGUCGGUGCUCACGUUUCUUACGCCAGGAGGUUGAUCUUCGUUAUGCCAUCCCGCUUGGAAUUCUGAAUUCUGCUCUCAACUUUGGGAUCUCUGGCGGCAUUGUUUUCCCAUGGGGAGCUGGUUUCAAAAACAUGCCCUCACCUCUGCCCGAUAGGUUCUUCUUAGGUGGCAAUUCAUCUCCAAUUAGCAGUCUGGGGGGCCCAACAACGGUAUGGGGAUACAGAACCAGGGGACUCGGCCCUACAGAGUCUCGAAGGCAACUGAAGAGCAAUGAUGGUGAUAAUGAGGAUGCUGCGGAUCCUGGAGUUGAUUUUCUUGGAGGAGAUCUUGCUGUUACUGCUUUUGCUGAUCUUUCUCUCGACUUCCCGCUGAAAUGGUUCAGAGAUAGAGGAAUCCAUGGCCACAUAUUUGCAUCCGCUGGAAAUCUCGAGAGAUUAACGCAAAAUGCAUACAAAGAUUUCUCUCUGCAGAAGUUUGUGUCUUCAUUUCGAACCUCUGUUGGUGCUGGGAUUGUUGUUCCAAUCCAGCCAUUCCGCCUUGAGGUGAACUACUAUUACAUGAUGAAGAAAUUUGAACAAGACCGUGGGAAACCGAGAUUCGGGGUGACCUUCUCUAUGUAG